AAAAAAGGGCUUUUCUGGAGAUGCUUAUAGUAACAUAAUGUGCUUUUCACAUCCUCCUGCCUCAGGCACAGUCCAGAAAGAUAUAUGCAUUAUAAACCCAAUACUCUCUGGCUUGUUCCAGAAGUCCCCAGACACACAGGGAUCAGUUCCUACAGUGAGGGAUGAUAAAG